AUGGCGGCUGUCUUGGACGAAAGUCCGGUGGCAAGCACCGUAGACGUCAAGAGUUGGUACGCCAAGUCGAGGACGCUGUGGAUUGAUCUCGUCGGUGACUAUGCGGGAAAGGAACUGUUCCUCAUCGAGGGCGAUUCUCUUCUUCGAGAAUGCUUCGAAGAUAAGAGGAUAGAUUUUGAGGGUGGCUUUCAACUACUCCACGCAGUAUAUGCAGUGGAGAAAUUCCUAGAAAAUCUGGUCAAGAGGCAUUGCCAAUUCCAUGUCGUGUUUUUCGAAGAAAAUGCGAAUCUAUGUAUUCCCAAUGGAUUGCGACACACUCUCAGAUCGCGUUAUUUAUUGGCUCGAGAAGUCAUCAAGCGUCAUCUGAGCAUCCGUCUGCCAUCUUCGCAGCAUGAUGUGGAGCUCCACACUUUUCCUUCAUUGGAAAGUCAGGAAUUCAAGGAGUAUCUUCAUAAAUUCCCGAUUCACUUUGUCAUGUCCCACGACGGGGCACCAAUGGCAGGUGAAGGUGACCGGGUACCUGGAGAUGAAGAAGCCAAGACUUUGCUCAGGGGGUUGAUCUGGUGGUUUAACACCCGUAAGCUAAACGUUGCUUUAAUCAACCGAAUCGAGUUCAGAGAUUCGAAGGUCUUCACGAUGAUUGUAGAGAGCUUAAGUCUCCCAAGCAGACUUGAGCUCUCGACCAAGCAAUUUUUCAUACACGAGACUACCGAAACUCGAUCGGCAUUGGAAAAAAUUCAAGAGGAUGAAGACGAAGAGGCUGAAGCAUCCUUUGGAGAUAUCAAUCUCGAACAACUUUCACUCGCUAUAAAGGAAGCGGGAUCUAGUGAGAGCUUCUCCCUGGCAGUUUAUACCGUGUGCGAGAUGUUCAGGCAACAAAGUUGUAAUGUGUUUAUGGCAUCAGCUUUCCUGUUGCACAGUAUCAUUCUGAGACAUAUUCCCAUCUCACAGAGAAGAAUGCCUCUGAUAGGUUUUGAUCCCAUUUUCGAAGAAGGACUCGUUGAUUUUCUAUCAGUCUUUUCGGCCAUAUCUCAACAUGUUUUGAAAGAUCAGACAUGGAAUGACUUAUUGGAAAGCAAGGAAAUUGAGUGUGAUAUCAUGGAUCUCGUGGACGGGCGAUUAUUCCGAGUUGUCAUCCAAGCCCUGUGCAACGAUUCGCUUCAAGGAGUUAUGCCCCAACCAGUUCGGAAGGACUGGGAAAUUCUCUCACGCCUAGUGAAGCAACUCGUAAAUAAGGAUCUUUCAUUACAAAGAAGUGACGAAUUGGAAUUCUCAAGAGCCGUCGCGACAGACGAUGAUUCUAAACCUGUGCCAGAAGAAUUAGCAGUCCUGCCAUUCUCCAACCCGGUCUUCGACAAGCAUUUGGAAUGUAUUAAUAUCACUACUGAUACCUCGUUUCCAGCCCGAAUGAAAGCUAUGAAGCCCUACAGGGAGCCGUCGUAUUUUCAGAAACACCGAAGACCCCUCACCCAAAAGCAAGCACCAACUCAGACGGUUUCGAAAUGGCGGAAUCCAUUGCGGACAAACCAGUUCUAUAUGAAUGAGAUGACCACUUAUGCGGCAAGUCUUACUGGGGCGAAGGGCAAAGCUCUCAACGCCGAGACGAUCACAGUUGGGCCUAAACAAUUGGUGAAAAUUGUAGAAGAGAAGCCACCAAGACCGGUGAAAUCUGAGAAUGGAAAUUCCAAAUCAAAGAAAGACGAUGUCCAGGAGUCUAAGAACGCAAAGAAAGGCACCAAGAAGGCCGCUACUGGUCUCUCCAAAAAGCAGCAAAUGAUCGCAGACAAUCUGGAGAGAAAGGGUGGGGCUGAGUCAGAUAAGGUUUUCACAGCAUGGGCAACAGUAUUGAAAGGUCUCGAUGCAAUUCCAGAUGAUCAAGAGCGCUAUUUGAAGAUCGUGGCUUAUCUGAACGAUCUUGAUUCGACCAAAACCUCGUACCUUGAAGGCGACAUCAACACUUACAUUCUCCAGUCAUUGCUCAGUUGGUGGGCUGGUUAUUGCAAAGCAAACAAAAAGACCGAAGGGUACCAUGUUGUUGCGUUGAUAUGGACAACUAUCCGUACAAUAUGCACCUCGACUGCGCGAAUCUCGAAAGAAGUCAUCCAGCAUGUCACCAAGAUAAGCACGCUCGUGGGCAUUACUGAUGCCUUGAACACCUUGACCCCGUCUGAGCCCGAUCGAAAAUUGUCGUUCAACUUUAAAUAUCCAGCUCAGACGCAGACAUUAAAGAUAGAGGUUUCGCAGACAGAGUUUCAGCUCAAUUACUGUGGACCCUAUAUGGACCGAAUGUUGGAUGCGAAGCCCGAUCCCAGAGUUUCUAAUUUCGUUCCUGAUGGUUGGCAGAGAGAUGUUCUCGACCAACUUGAUGCGAAUAAGAGUGUUUUCGUGGUAGCACCAACGUCUGCCGGAAAGACUUUUAUCUCCUUCUACGCAAUGGAGCAGGUAUUGAGAGCGGAUAAUGAUGGUGUUUUGGUUUAUAUUGCACCGACCAAGGCACUUGUGAAUCAGAUCGCCGCUGAAGUACAAGCUCGAUUUUCGAAGAAAUAUUCACAGCCUGGCAAAGGCGUCUGGGCGAUUCACACAAGAGAUUAUCGAGUCAACAACCCUACUGGGUGUCAGAUAUUGGUUACGGUUCCCCAUAUACUCCAGAUCAUGCUCAUGUCUCCGUCAAAUGCGAAAUCAUGGGCACCACGAGUUCGAAGAAUUAUUUUUGAUGAAGUCCAUUCGAUUGGUCAAGCCGAAGAUGGUGUCGUUUGGGAGCAGCUCUUGCUCUUGGCGCCUUGCCCAAUUAUUGCUCUCUCCGCCACCGUGGGGAAUCCAGGAGAAUUCAACGACUGGCUUGCCGAGACACAGAAGUCUUCUGGAUUUGAACUGAAGAUGAUCCAGCAUUCCACGAGAUAUUCCGACCUACGCAAAUACAUGUACGAACCCCCGAAGACCUUCCAAUUUGCAGGACUUGGGAAGUCGUACGGUGUCGGAUUGGGAUUAGAUGGCCUACCUGGUUUCGAACCUGUCCAUCCAGUCUCCAGCCUUGUAGACAAAUCUAGAGGGAUGCCGGAUGACUUGGCACUUGAGCCGCGAGACUGCCUUUCGUUGUGGAAGGCAAUGACUAAGUUUCAGACUGGUGAGUAUAAGGUGCCCGAGUCGCUCAAUCCCAGCAAGGCACUGCCACCCUGCAUCCGGAAAGCAGACAUCUUCUCCUGGGAAAGUGGUUUGAAGAAAGUUCUCGCCGAGUGGAUGGCAGAUAGUCGAUCGCCAUUUGACAAGACGCUCGCCGAGUUGACUCCCCAGGAGGCGAUCGAAGCGCCUGAUCAGGAUUUAUCAACACCUGAGUCUUCUAUUACUGAUGGAGACGCGAUUGAUCCUCUUGAUCUGAAGGCUACAACAUUGCCAUUACUCUAUCAGUUGCACAAGCGACGUGCGCUUCCCGCAAUCCUGUUCCACUAUGACCGAAGUGGAUGCGAGGAUAUUGGUUCCACUCUGCUGUCGCAACUGGUUGAGGCCGAGACUCAAUGGAAGGAAGGCCCUCAGUGGAAGAAAUUGAUGGAAGGAUAUGAAAAGUAUCAGGCAUUGAAGGAAAAGAAGGCCCGGAAGCCUGCGAAGCCGCCGAAGAAGACAAGCAACGAUGACGAUGAAGGUGGAUCUAAGACUGAUCGUAUGCGAGAUGAGUCUUCUUCAGAAGGGGCCUCAAUCUAUGAUCUAUUUGAUCCGGAGGCCCCACAGCCAGAAUUCAGUUUCGCAAACCGCAAGAAUCUCCAGCAAGCCGAGCUUGAUAGAUUCAUCCAUCAAUUACGUCGGAAACAUAUCCGGGAAGAAUUAAUUGACUUGUUGAAGAGGGGCAUCGGUAUCCAUCAUUCCGGUAUGAAUCGAAAAUAUCGCCAAUGUGUCGAAAUGCUGUUCCGCAAGGGCUUUUUAAGGGUCGUGGUAGCUACUGGCACCCUGAGUUUGGGUAUCAAUAUGCCCUGUGCCACGGUUGUAUUCAAUGGUAACUCAACGUUCCUCACUGCCCUGAACUUCCAUCAAGCUGCUGGACGAUCAGGUCGUCGUGGGUUUGACCUCCUUGGUAAUGUAGUUUUCCAGGGGAUCCGCAGAGAACGCGCCUAUAGGCUUCUCAGUUCUCGACUUCCGGACAUGACAGGCCAUUUCCCGAUUACAACAACAUUGGUCCUACGGUUAUUAACCCUUUUGCAUGAAUCUAAGAAUGCGCCAUACGCUGUCAAGGCGAUCGACUCCUUACUUUCGCAUCCAAGACUGUAUCUUGGCGGUCAGAGCUUCAAAGAGCAGGUUUUGCAUCAUCUGCGAUUCUCUAUUGAAUACCUUCGCAGGAAUGACCUCCUUGGCCCCAGUGGUGAACCGGUGAACUUCACUAACUGUGUCUCACACUUGUACUUCACAGAAAACUCAAGUUUUGCUUUCCACGCUCUUCUCAAGAGUGGUUACUUCCACAAUUUGUGCGCCAAUAUUGAUCAGAAGACGGAUACCGUACUGAAGAAAAUGAUGCUCGUCCUCAGUCACUUAUUUGGACGACUUGGGUGCAAACAGGCUGAUACCGAGGAACAAGCCGAGGUUAUUAGGCGCUCCCCGUCUAUGGUCUACCUUCCACCAAUGCCAGAAGAUGCGGCCGAUAUUCUGCGGAAUCAUAACCAAGAGACAUUGGAAAUUUUUGCAAGCUAUGUCAAGACAUUCGCAACCCAGAAUGUCAAGGAAGAAGAAAAUCGUCUUCCAUUCACUAGAACGCCAGUUGGAUCCGCGGAGGGAAUCGACGCGAAACCAGUCAAUAAUCAUGCAUCUGCCAAUGGCCACGCUGAAGUUGAUGAGAACAAAAGUUCGAACAAAAAUUCUGCAACCGCUAAUUUUCUCCCCAGUCUUCCGAGACCACAUGCACGAUCUGCAUUCGUUGCGCUUUCAGGCUUGGGAGACAACUUUACUACUAUUAAGGACCUUUGCAGCUCGACUCGAGAAGGCAUAUUUCUCGAAUCGGCAGUCAUCCCCCAUCUUGAAUUCUAUCCCGAUGAGGCUCGGCAUCCUCUCAAUGCCUAUCUCCUGGAUUUCUACAUUCAUGGAUCACUAGAACCAUUGGAGACAGCGAAUGGAAUUGGGAAAUCAGAAGUUUGGUUUGUCCUCAAUGAUUUCUCUCUUAUUCUCGCCACUAUUGUUAACAGUCUCGCCCUCUAUCUCGGUCUGGGCUCUGACGGAGACCCCGAAAUGCUGGAAGUGAUGGGCAGUGGAGAUGCAGCUGAGAAUGACGGCGACGAGGAGAUGGCAGCUGCCAGCGUUCCCGAACCUGUGGCCACUACCACGCCUGCCUCUAGACAACAGGCCCCCGUGGUCAGAAAAGGCAAGAAAGUUGUCGAUGACUGGGAUGCUGGCGAAGACGCUCUGGUCGAAGAAGAAAAUUAUCUGAAAAAUGGAAGUGUGGGAGGAACCGGCGCCACGGAUGAUGAGGAGUAUGACAAAUUGAUGAAUGUCUACAAGGCGUUUAGGAAGCUAAAGACAGAGUUCGAUGCUAAAUUCUUGGAUAUCUGGGCCUAAUUUGGAAAGGAUCUGUAACGUGGGUGAAAGGUUCUGUGUGGAUGGAUUUCAUGAUGGGACGUGGCUCUUGAAAAAGCUUUUGUGGAUUAUGGGUUCUUUGUUCUCGAUAUGAUGUGCUUGGAUAGAUGCAUAGAUGAGUAGACGAGAAAUGCUUAUUUAUGUACAGG